AUGGGGAAACUGAAGAUCAUGAAAGUCCUGAGGACCUACACAGUCAUAGAUCAAUGCCGUGAGACUGAUAAAAGAUUGUUUGAUCAAAGCACAGUCAAAUAUAUUCCAAUUCAUUAUGUGUGGAAGAGUUAUCCGCACAUUGCACCCAAUUACUACCAAUAUAGACCAGCUGUACCAAUUAAUAAUAACCAAUAUAUGCCUUACCCAUAUCAUACAAAACCAGUUUCAAUUAGGCCACAUGCCCAAAUUCCUCAAUGGCAAGCCCUGCCAAAUAUCUACCCACCCACUCUGGUACGUCACCCAUACCUACAUCCAUCAUUUAUUGUCAUUCCCCCAAAGAAAAAUCAGGAUAAGGCAGUCAUCCCUACCAUCAAUAUCAUUGCUGCUGAUGAGCCAACAGUGAUUUUGUCCAGUGAACCAACAGUGAGCUCUGUGGUUAAUCAGGAAGCUUCCUCACAAUUCAUCACAAGCACACCUGAGACCACCACAGUCACAAUUACUGAACCUAUCACCGUGGUCUAA